CCUAAAACAUGGCGGCGUACUCAGACGAUUCGGAGUCGCUCCAGACUUUUCGGCAUAUUUAUAGCUGUGACUUGGACACAAAUUUUAAAAUUAAAGUAGGUACGCUCGAAGGCACGAGAGAAAAGCCCAGCCACCAAGCCCUCCUCAAUGACCCCAUGCUGAGGCACUCGAGCCUCUAUGACGAGAACCGGUCAGAUCUUGUUGUCUCCUGUCAGGUCUUCUCUGGUGGAAAACCACUGGCCCUACCUGUACAGACCUCGUACAAGCCCUUCACAACACGCUGGAACUGGAACGAGUGGCUCAAGCUUCCUUUAAAGUUCAGUGACCUCCCACGUAAUGCUGUGCUGGCCUUGACAGUGUGGGAUGUGUAUGGUCCUCGCAAAAGCAUUCCUGUAGGGGGCACCACAGUCACGAUAUUUGGAAAGUAUGGGGCAAUGCGUCAAGGCAUCCACGACUUGCGUCUCUGGCUUGGCUUUGAAGCAGAUGGCAGCAGCAAGACACAAACUCCAGGCAAGGCUUUUGGUUCCAAAGAGCAGAUGACAAGGCUGGUCAAGCUGAGCAAGAAGCACCGGAAUGGCCGCUUGCUCAAGGUUGACUGGCUGGACAGGCUCACCUUUCGUGAGAUUGAAGUGGUGAACAGCAAGGAGAAGUCGAGUUCCAACCAAAUGUUCCUUAUGAUUGAGUUCCCUAGAGUUGUGUUCCGCGACCAAGAGUACACCGUCAUCUAUUUCGAGAAGGAUGGAGAUGACCCAUGCCAAGCCAGUCUACCAGCAGAGAUCGUAACUGUGCCCGAUCCAGAUGUCUCUCUUGAGAACCUGGUGGAAAGCAAGCAUCACAAGUUGUCACGUAGUCUUCGUUCCGGCCUUACCGACAAGGACCUCAAGCCCAACGCUGCCACACGAGAUCAGCUCAACGUGAUAGUGAACUACCCCUCAACCAAGACCCUGACUUCAGAGGAGCAGGACUUGGUGUGGAAGUUUCGCUUCUAUUUACAAAGCCAGAAGAAGGCCCUCGCGAAGUUCGUAAAGUGCGUCAACUGGCAGUCUGGCCCCGAGGCGAAGCAGGCUGUGGAGCUCAUGCGGACAUGGCAGCCCAUGGAUGUGGACGAUGCGCUGGAGCUGCUUGGGCCUCAGUUUGUUCACCCUGCCGUGCGGCGCUACGCCGUGGCUCGGCUACGACAGGCACACUCCGACGACUUGCUACUGUACCUGCUGCAGCUCGUGCAGGCCUUGAAGUACGAGCGCACGACUAACGGCGACUCGCAUCAUCUGAUGCGGCCUUCUGCAGCUGGCACCAGUGCUUUGUCAACGGUGAUUGAGCCUGAGCCGGGGCCUGUACCCUGUGAGCGAGGAGACAGGGGAAGUUUCACAGCACCAUCGGAGCUGGGAGCUAGCCACUUGGACUCUUUCUCAGACAGCCUACGUAACCCGAUGUCCUCCUCGGUUACUGGUGCCGACGAUGCCUUUCUGCAGGAACCCUUCCAGCCGAGGAGCGAAUCUGAUUGCGACCUUGCAACAUUUCUCAUCAACAAAGCUUGCACGAGUGAUGCACUUGCCAACUACUUCUACUGGUACCUGUAUGUGGAAACUGACGAUCAGGACAGUGUGGUUAAGGACUCCAAGGUGAAGGAGAUGUACACAAACGUCAUGAAGAGGUUUAUGCAUCGCCUUCAAAAGGGCAACUGGGACUAUCGACAGAGGCGAUCCAUGCUGGAGAAGCAACAGGUUUUUGUGAACCACUUGGUGAACAUCAUGAAGAUUGUUGCCAGAGAGAACGGGAACAGGCAGAAAAAGAUGGAGAAGCUGCAUGCGCUGCUGUUGGAGCAGGAGUCUCAACAGCUCAUCCGAUUUCCGGAGCCAAUGCCCUUGCCCCUGGACCCCAGCGUGCGAGUGCGCGGCCUAGUGCCCUCCAAGGCAGCGCUCUUCAAGUCGGCCCUCAUGCCUGCCCGGUUGAGCUUCCUGACCGAUGACGUCGAAGGUGGCGAAUACGUUGCCAUCUUCAAGCAUGGCGACGACCUACGCCAGGACCAGCUAAUUCUGCAGACCAUCACUCUUAUGGACAAGUUGCUGAGGAAAGAGAACCUUGAUUUAAAGUUGACCCCGUACUGUGUGCUAGCCUCAAGCACAAAACACGGGUUUGUGCAAUACAUAGAAUCAACGUCUGUCGCCGAUGUCCUCAGAACGGAAGACACCAUCCAAAAGUUCUUCCGGAAACACGCUCCCUCUGAAACAGGCCCGUACGGCAUCUCUCCAGAAGUAAUGGACACGUAUGUCAAGUCAUGUGCUGGUUACUGCGUCAUCACAUACCUGCUCAGUGUUGGUGAUCGGCAUCUUGACAACUUGCUUCUAACAAAGACAGGAAAGCUGUUCCACAUCGACUUUGGCUACAUCUUGGGUCGUGAUCCAAAGCCACUGCCGCCACCCAUGAAACUGAGCAAGGAGAUGGUGGAGGCCAUGGGAGGCAUCAACUCUGAGCACUACCAAGAGUUCCGCAAGCAGUGCUAUACAGCCUUUCUACAUCUACGCAGGCACGCUAACCUGAUCCUGAACCUGUUUUCACUGAUGGUCGAUGCAAGCGUACCCGACAUUGCACUUGAACCUGACAAGACUGUAAAGAAGGUGCAAGACAAAUUUCGGCUGGACCUGACGGACGAAGAGGCAGUUCACUACAUGCAGAAUCUGAUUGACGUCAGCGUCUCGGCUGUUAUGCCAGCACUCGUGGAGCAGAUUCACAAGAUCGCUCAGUACUGGAGAAGGUGACACAGGCGUCCUAGGCAUGGACACCGUCAGAAGAAGGCUACCAGACAACUGCCCCCGGGAGCCACACACAAGUGGAAUGUGCACUGCUCAGAGAAACUGGUGCUGGAAUUCCAGCGCUUCCAUUGUACAUAUUUAUUGCCGCUGUACAAAUAAUGAAAAAAAAGAAGAAGAGUAAUACCUGAGGCGAAUAUACAGGCACAGACGUGGCCAUCCUUCUUUCUCCGUCCGCAUGUCUUCGUUAUUCCACCUAACCAAAGAUAACAGGUCUGUAGACCAAGUACUACACCGAUCUCGCCACAUUUGGGGCAUGUACGUACCUGUCUUCCCGGCACUGUGAUGCCAGUAGCCAUCGCCGCCCUUCCGUUACAUUCAAGCUAAAGGCAACCUUCGGCAGAAUGCCCAGGCUAGUGGCAUUGUGGGUUUUGCCAGUGUGUUGGUGGUGGGAUAUUUCGGCAUAAGUGCGCUUGCUUGACUGUGUCCCUACUGUACAGUUGUCGAAUCAUAGUGGCGAAACCUGACACUGGUGGAAAAUGAAAACCAGUUGAAACUUACGGAAGUGUUUAAGAACGAGCGCAUUUUGAAAGUGCAUGAAUUAAAUAUCAUUACCGGUGAGGCUGCUUGCCGAUGCAGUUGCAA